AUGUGUGCAACGUGUCCGUAUCUUAAAAUGCGAACCUCCUUUCAACGUUCUUCACUCUUGUCCCAGGCGCAGUACCAUAUCAGCAAACGGAAUGCGCUCGCUGUGGGGAAAAGUGGACACGGAGAGGAGUGUCCGCGGAUGGAAAUGGUCCGGAACAGUCGAAUGAAUAUACAAUUGGCGCAGGAGCCGGAGGCCAAUCCGACAUCCAAACUGAAUAUGGCGUCCAACAAUUUGAAGGCCAGCAACGCGAGUACACUACGAGUGAUUGCUUUUCUGGAUAGAACUUUUUCGAAUAACUGUUUGGCUAAAAUUCAUAGAUAG